AUGGCGGAGUCAAUGGACACUAACAGCCACACUCCACACGAUCUGGCCCUUACCCUUGGGAAGGUUGUGAACUUUUCGUGGGAGAAUCUGACCUACCGCGUUCCGGUAGAGGAUGAUGAUGGCAACAUUGGGUACAAGACGCUGCUUCACAAUAUGAACGGCACCGCCGUUGGUGGGCGUUUAUUGGCGAUCAUGGGGCCAUCGGGCGCUGGCAAGACGACGCUGAUGGGGGCCAUCACAGGCAAGCUCUACAACGCGAAGGCAAAGAUGGAGGGGUGUUGCUUCCUCAACAACACAAUAUACUCUCCGCGGUAUAAGAAGCUGGUGUCGUAUGUCUCGCAGGACGAUAUUGUCAUGGGCAAAGAGACCCCACGUGAGGCGAUUAGAUUCGCGUGCCGUGUACGUCUUGGGUUGGACGAGGAGGAGUCGGAAAAGAUUGUGAAUGAGGUCAUCACACGGCUUCACCUCACCGAGUGCCAGCAUACCAUCUUGGGUAUUCCAGGUAUUUUGAAGGGCGUCUCUGGUGGUGAACGAAAGCGGACCAGCGUGGGAACUGAGCUUGCGACGAAUCCCUGUGUCAUGCUUUUGGACGAGCCAACCACUGGCUUGGACUCGGUCAACGCUCUGCGCGUCGGUCAAAUGCUUCGGGAUUUGGCAAAGAAAGAUAUGCGCACGGUCAUUGCAACGGUGCACUCGCCAUCAUCCGAAUUAUUCGACAUUUUCGAUGAUCUGUUGCUUCUCGCAAAGGGUCACGUUAUCUACCACGGCCCCACAGCAGACGCUGUGGCCUACUUUUCCACUUUGGGCUACCAGGUUCCACCCCGUACCAACCCCAGUGAGUAUUUUAUGAACGUGUUGCAGCUUCCUGAGGAGGAAUUGUCUCAAUUGUGGCUGGCGUGGGAAGACUACGUUGUGUCAGCCGCAGCGAACUACAACAAUUGUCUCAUGUUGGUGCAGGGCCCCAUUACUCAUCAAGACGAGUUUUUGGAGAGUCAACUGAAGUUGAAGGGAUCCAGUUAUGCAGUGCAGUUUGUUGAGCUUGCGAAACGCUCUUUUCGUAUGUUUCGUCGUGACCCUGGCGCCUUUAUGGGCCGCUCAUUUCAGACACUUUUUUUUGCAGUGUUUAUGGGUCUUUUCUUUUUCAAUGUGAAAUUGAAUCAGCAAGGUGUCCAGGACCGUGCGGGAGCACUUUAUAUAACACUGAUGAAUAACUUGUUUGGAGCGUGUAUGCAUGGUAUCUCCGCCUAUCCCCCCGAGCGAGCUGUGUUCUUGCAAGAGCAGGCCAAUGGUUUCUACAACGCGUUUGUGUACUUUGCUGCCAAGUAUGCCGCUGAGAUUCCGUUUCAGGUGUUAUUUCCAACCAUAUUUGACCUUGUCGCAUACUUUAUGAUACACUUUUACCGCUCUCCUGGGGCCUUCUUCGUGCAUUGGUUUCUUCUGGUGAUCCUCGCAACGUUGGGGUACUCGUUUGGGUUGAUGUUCGCGACCUUCUUUGAAUCAGCGACGACAGCCUUUGCAAUUAUACCGGUGAUUUUCCUCCCACUUUUCAUCGUGGCUGGGCUGUUCGCUAAUACCAAACGACUCAUUCCCUACUGGGCGUGGCUGAAUUACCUCUCAUUCCCCCGCCAUGCGUACCUUGGUGUCUUUACAAAUGAAUUCAGGCGGCUGGAUGUCAUCUGUGACCCCGUCACACCCCACUGCGUCUACCCUAACGGCGACGCCGUUAUUGAGCAGUUUGGUUUUGAGGACUGGCACCCGUGGCAAUCAAUGGUGUCGUUGAUUGUGUACCAAGUGUGUCUGGCCACAAUUGGAAGUAUCUCGCUUUACACUCAGGGCGUGAAGCGGCGGGGGAGGCUGGCCUUUGUAAAGAACCUUGACUUUCGCGUGGCGUCGCCACGGGCGAUUGCUUCCGCACGUAGCAGCGGUGAACUGCUUGAUUCCGAUGUAACACCGAUGGACGAAAUUCCAACGCCAUCCGCCGCCUACACUGACGUGUCACAUUUCAACGCAGGUGACUCCUUGCAUUUCGCGAAUGGUGUUGGGGAGAGGGAUGGCUUCAGCAUCAUUACGCCCAAAUCGAAGAGGGGUGAAUAG